AAAACAGUGUUUGCACCAAUCCAAUGCUUCUAAAUACAGUGCCGGAGGGGGACUGAACAAAUUCACACUUCGGGAGAGAUGAAACGGUGGGAGCUCAAUGGAAAUAUUUAUUUGUAUAAAGUGACAGGUAUAGAUAGCCGCUGUAGUUUUUUCUAUAGAGAAAACUGGGACCAGGUGAAUCGCAGUAUCAUCAGCAAAAAUGAUACAAAAGCGUGAACACUGGCUACUUACUUUAGUAAUGGCUGGGGGAAUGGUUCUCUGCUGGCUUGUCUUCUCACGCUGCGCAUCUGUCUCUCUCAAUGAAGGUCUCAGUGAGUAUGUGGAGGGGUUAACAUGGCGCCAGGUGAAUCACCAGGUUGUGCUGAAUCACAGAUUACAGAGCAAGCAAGCCAAGCUUAUGGAACCAGUGAGGACUGACGUGCUGACUGUAACCCCAUGGCUGGCUCCUAUAGUCUGGGAGGGGACCUUCGACCCCCUGGUCAUAGACGAGGCCUUCAGGUCCCACAACCUCACCAUCGCUACCACUGUGUUUGCUGUAGGGAAGUAAGUCACAGAUUCCAUGUG